GGUAACCGGAAAUAACGUAGCACCGCUGGAAAGUUCCGGCGGUUUCCCUCACUGAGAGGCACUGUGAGCUCGGAUCGGCCACAUUUUCGCCGGUUUUGUUUGUCCGCUCUGCCCGUGCCGGUGUCAGCACCCGGGAUUGGAAAUACCGAGGGUCAGCGGACCGAACCUUCCCAGCACCGAGAGACCCCCGCUCCAGCUCUCCCAGUCUGUCCGUUACACUAACCGUCCGACUGAUCACUACCCACCGCGGGCGGACCGGCACCAUGUCCAGGAGGAGGCACAGCGACGAGAAUGACGGGGGGCAACCUCACAAGAGGAGGAAAACUUCAGAACCUCUUGUAAUUGAAGACCGACUAGAAUCAUUAAUAUGUCGAGUUGGUGAAAAGAGUACUUCCUCACUUGAAAGCAACUUAGAGGGGCUGGCUGGUGUUUUGGAGGCUGACCUACCCAACUACAAAAGCAAGAUCUUGAGAAUUCUUUGUGCAGUUUGCCGUUCGUUGCCAGAGAAAAUGACUGUUUACACUACAUUAGUGGGUCUCCUAAAUGCCAGGAAUUACAAUUUUGGUGGAGAAUUUGUUGAAGCCAUGAUUCGUGCACUAAAAGAGACCAUAAAAUCAAAUGCAUACACAGAGGCUACGUAUUUUGUUCGCUUUCUUUCUGAUCUCGUGAAUUGCCAUGUAAUCGCAGCUCCAUCAAUGGUAGCCAUGUUUGAAAGCUUUGUUGGGGUCACUAUAGAAGAAGAUAUUCCUCAGGUGCGAAGUGAUUGGUAUGUUUAUGCAGUUCUCGCAUCCUUGCCCUGGGUUGGAAAAGAAUUGUAUGAGAAAAAAGAUGUGGAAAUGGAUCGCAUUUUAUCACAAAUUGAAAGUUAUCUUCAACGGCGUCAAAAAAUUCACGUGUCUCUCCUGCAAAUAUGGUCAGCAGAAAAACCACACCCACAAGAAGAGUAUUUGGACUGCUUGUGGGCCCAGAUUCAGAAGUUGAAGAAGGAUCGCUGGCAAGAAAGACACAUAUUGCGCCCAUACCUUGCCUUUGACAGCAUUCUUUGUGAGGCUUUGCAACACAAUCUACCACCGUUCACACCACCACCUCAUACAGAAGGUUCUGUUUACCCAAUGCCAAGAGUCAUUUUCAGGAUGUUUGACUAUACCGAUGCUCCGGAAGGUCCAGUUAUGCCAGGAAGUCAUUCAGUGGAAAGAUUUGUUAUAGAAGAAAAUCUCCAUUGUAUCAUUAAAUCACACUGGAAAGAGAGGAAAACUUGUGCGGCACAGCUAUUAAGCUACCCAGGGAAGAACAAGAUUCCUUUGAACUAUCAUAUAGUUGAGGUUAUAUUUGCUGAACUCUUCCAACUUCCAGUCCCACCACAUAUUGAAGUCAUGUAUACAACACUAUUAAUUGAACUCUGCAAACUGCAGCCUGGAUCUUUACCACAAGUUCUUGCACAAGCCACUGAAAUGCUGUACACACGCUUGGACUCCAUGAACACAACUUGCAUCGACAGGUUUAUAAAUUGGUUUUCUCACCAUCUGAGUAACUUUCAAUUCCGAUGGAACUGGGAAGAUUGGGCUGAUUGUAUUCCUCAAGACCUAGACAAACCUAAACCCCAAUUUGUACGAGAAGUUUUAGAAAAAUGCAUGAGGCUUUCCUAUCACCAGAGGAUAUUGGACAUUGUGCCUGCAACCUUUUCUGCUCUGUAUCCACCAGCUCCCAAAUGUGUUUUCAAAUAUGGAGAUGAGAGCGCUAGUUCCUUGCCUGGAUAUGCCAUUGCGCUCAAAUUGACAAGUGUGAUAAAAAAUAAGGCGGUUAAUGAGGAUAUUUUUAAUGUUUUAAAAGAUGUUCCUAAUCCAAAUCAAGAUGACGAUGAUGAUGAAGGAAUAAGCUUCAAUCCACUGAAGAUCGAUGUUUUUGUGCAGUCUCUGCUGAAUUUGGCAUCAAAGUCCUUUAGCCAUUCGUUCAGUGCUAUUGCAAAGUUUCAUGAAGUUUUCAAAGUAUUAUCUGACAGCGAUGAAGGGAAGCUUCAUAUUCUCAGGGUCGCCUAUGAGGUUUGGAAAAAUCACCCACAGAUGACUGCUGUGUUAGUUGAUAAGAUGAUACGAACACAGAUUGUUGACUGCGCUGCAGUGGCCAACUGGAUUUUCUCCAGUGAAUUAUCACAUGAUUUUACCAGGUUAUACAUAUGGGAAAUCUUGCACUCCACAAUUCGGAAAAUGAAUAAGCACGUCCAGAAAAUCGAAAAAGAAUUGGAGGAUACAAAAAAACGUCUUGCCAGGCAGAACAAACGAAGGGACAGUGAUGAUGACGAUGAUGAUGAUAGUGGAAGGGAAGAUGGUCCUCUGGAAGAACAGAUAGAACGUUUGCAGGAGAAGGUCGAGGCCGCUCAAAGUGAACAAAAGAAUCUGUUCCUUGUCAUCUUUCAGCGCUUUAUUAUGAUUCUUACGGAGCACCUGGUGCGUUGUGAAACUGGAGGUAUUGAUGUGAAUACUCCAUGGUAUAAGAAUUGCAUAGAGAGACUACAGCAAAUUUUCCUCCAGCAUCAUCAGAUAAUUCAGCAGUACAUGGUCACCCUUGAAAACCUCUUGUUCACAGCGGAGCUUGAUCAUCACAUCUUGACAGUCUUCCAGCAGUUCUGUGCAUUACACGGUUGAUAUGCACAUAAGACCCUCUCAUGAACUUUUGAUCCGCAAGAGGAAAUGAAUAAUUGCAUUUUGUUGUUGUUUUUGUGCUUUUUUUUUUUUUUUUUUUUUUAAUACAUUAAGAGUAUUCAGAGUAAAACACUGCAGUUGUGAUGCUAAUAGUGAAAGGACAUCUUUUCUAGUUAAACCAGGGUGUCUGUUAAAACCGUGGUUUAUUAUUCGACUUGAACAGCUAAAUAGUAAUAUGACAAUACCUUGUGUUUUUGGGUUGGUCAUGUGAUGUAUUGUUACCUUUCUAUACUAACAUUUGUUACACCACACUUUGUAGAUCUGCCUUAGAUUGUGGGUUUUUUUUUUGUUUGUUUUUUUCCUUUAUUUUUAAUGUAUUGCUAAAAAGGUUUCCUCAUUGCAAUGUGAAGUGAAGCAAGGAAUGCAUUUUUGUAAAUGUGGCUACAAGUAGCCAAUUAUCUUUCUUUGUUGAUUUUAUUAACCUGCCUCGAGAAAAAAAUCUAAAAAUUGCUUGCAAUUUUUUCCUCCCACUCUGCAACAAAAUUAUCAUUUUUGAAAACGGCUUGGUUGAAAUAAACCUGGAAUACUUUUUUACUA